AACUCCCCAAAUCCCAGAAAAAGGUGAUUUUUUCAUAAUAUGGGCUCGGACCCAACAUGUCAGGGACUGUGGAAGCUCGGACCCAACAUGUCAGGGUCUGUGGGAGGCUGGGACCCAACAUGUCAGGGUCUGUGGGAGGCUGGGACCCAACAUAUCAGGGUCUGUGGAGGCUGGGACCCAACAUAUCAGGGUCUGUGGAGGCUGGGACCCAACAUAUCAGGGUCUGUGGAGGCUGGGACCCAACAUAUCAGGGUCUGUGGAGGCUGGGACCCAACAUGUCAGGGUCUGUGGAGGCUGGGACCCAACAUGUCAGGGUCUGUGGAGGCUGGGACCCAACAUGUCAGGGUCUGUGGAGGCUGGGACCCAACAUGUCAGGGUCUGUGGAGGCUGGGACCCAACAUAUCAGGGUCUGUGCAGGCUGGGACCCAACAUGUCAGGGUCUGUGGAGGCUGGGACCCAACAUGUCAGGGUCUGUGGAGGCUGGGACCCAACAUAUCAGGGUCUGUGGAGGCUGGGACCCAACAUGUCAGGGUCUGUGGAGGCUGGGACCCAACAUGUCAGGGUCUGUGGAGGCUUGGACCCAACAUGUCAGGGUCUGUGGAGGCUGGGACCCAACAUGUCAGGGUCUGUGGAGGCUGGGACCCAACAUAUCAGGGUCUGUGGAGGCUGGGACCCAACAUGUCAGGGUCUGUGGGAGGCCUGGACCCAACAUGUCAGGUUCUGUGGAGGCUCGGACCCAACAUGUCAGGUUCUGUGGAGGCUGGGACCCAACAUGUCAGGGUCUGUGGGAGGCCUGGACCCAACAUGUCAGGGUCUGUGGAGGCUCGGACCCAACAUGUCAGGGUGUGUGUAGGCUGGGACCCAACAUGUCAGGGUGGGACCCAACAUGUCAGGGUCUGUGCAGGGUGGGACCCAACAUGUCAGGGUGGGACCCAACAUGUCAUGGUCUGUGCAGGGUGGGAUCCAACAUGUCAGGGUGGGACCCAACAUGUCAGGGUGGGACCCAACAUGUCAGGGUGGGACCCAACAUGUCAGGGUGGGACCCAACAUGUCAUGGUGGGACCCAACAUGUCAGGGUGGGACCCAACAUGUCAGGGUGGGACCCAACAUGUCAUGGUGGGACCCAACAUGUCAGGGUGGGACCCAACAUGUCAGGGUGGGACCCAACAUGUCAGGGUGGGACCCAACAUGUCAGGGUGGGACCCAACAUGUCAUGGUGGGACCCAACAUGUCAUGGUGGGACCCAACAUGUCAUGGUGGGACCCAACAUGUCAUGGUGGGACCCAACAUGUCAUGGUGGGACCCAACAUGUCAGGGUGGGACCCAACAUGUCAGGGUGGGACCCAACAUGUCAGGGUGGGACCCAACAUGUCAUGGUGGGACCCAACAUGUCAUGGUGGGACCCAACAUGUCAAGGUGGGACCCAACAUGUCAGGGUGGGACCCAACAUGUCAUGGUGGGACCCAACAUGUCAGGGUGGGACCCAACAUGUCAAGGUGGGACCCAACAUGUCAUGGUGGGACCCAACAUGUCAUGGUGGGACCCAACAUGUCAAGGUGGGACCCAACAUGCCAGGGUGGGACCCAACAUGUCAAGGUGGGACCCAACAUGUCAAGGUGGGACCCAACAUGCAGCAGGAAGGGUCUGAAGGUUUAUUUAAAGGUGCCCUGCCACACAAAACCGUUUCUCCUUGUAUAUUUUGAGAUAUGUCAGCUCCAUAUGUGUGUUUGUGUUAUGUGGUGAAUGUGUAAAUAAACUGCUA